AUGACAUAUAUUGGGGCUCAUUUCAGUCUUGGUCUGGGACUAGUUUACCCAACACAGGACAGAGUUCAGAGUCUCAAAUGUGCAGUAUGGAACUUGCUAAAUGGUCAGAACACAGCACAUCAUUAUAUGGUCCUGUUGGGAAAAAUAGCCUCAUGCCUGGAUUUGAUUCCCAAUGCCAGACUUUUCAUGCGUCCUAUCCAAAUACACAUGUUACAGAACUGGAGCCCAUCCAGAAUGUCAAUGUCACAUCAAAUUGUUGUUACACCUUCACUUGUCCCACACCUGAAAUGGUGGUUGCAGGAAGCAAAUAUUUUAAAGGGUCGAUCACUUCAGUCGGCAGUUUUUUCAGUGACAUUGACAACGGAUGCCAGUCUGUACGGAUGGGGGGGACACAUGAAUGGUUAUACAGUGCAAGGCCGCUGGACGAAUCUCCAACGGCUACAACAUAUCAAUUGCUUGGAGAUGGAAGCCAUAAUUUUGUCAGUGACACACAAUCUACCACACCUCCAGAACCAAAAUGUAAUGAUUCGUACAGACAAUACGACUGUAGUACAAUGGAUCAAUCGUCAGGGAGGUACGAAAUCGGUAGCUUUGUGGAAUCUGACUUGGAAAUUAUGGUCUCUAGCUCUCAAGAACAAAAUAUGUCUGAAAGCAAGUUACAUAGCAGGCAAGAAAAAUGUACUGGCGGAUCGGCUGAGCAGAUACAGUGUCAAACAGACCGAGUGGUCUCUAGAUCAGACAGUAGUGAGCAAAAUUUUCACUCUCUGGGGUCAUCCUUUGAUAGAUCUAUUUGCAACGUUCGAAAACAAGAAAACACCAGUCUUUUGCUCAUGGAUACCCCAUCAACAGAGUUUUUCUGGGGAUGCCCUGUCAAUUGCAUGGCAGAACAUAUUUGCCUAUGCCUUUCCGCCAGUGCAUCUUGUUCCUCGAGUACUGCAGCACAUGAAACAGUAUCGGUGCAAGCUUAUUCUGAUCGCUCCCUUUUGGCCAAGACAGCAUUGGUUUCCACAGUUACUACAGAUGCUAAUAGCAUUUCCAGUACAAUUACAGAAAACAAACCUGUUGUCUCAGUCAAAGGGUCAAAUUGUUCACCCAGAACCUAAGAAACUAAAACUGACGGCAUGGCUGCUGUCGACAGACACUUGUCUUCAGAAGGGUUUUCUGAAGGAACUAGAAAAUUAUUGGCAGCAUCAUGGCGUAAAGGCACAAAAAGAGACUAUAACUCAAAGUUUAAAAUAUUCUAUUCAGUGGCUGGUGUACUGA